AUGUCGCAGCAGCAGAAGGUGCUCGGGUACGGCAUCGGCGGCGCGAUGGCGAUGCGCGCGGCGAUGAUUGUCGCGGGGUACGAAGCCAUCACGAACUUCAAGCCCAUCCUGCUCGUGUUCGCGGGCAUCCUCAUCUUCUCGUCGUACAAGCUCAUCGCGGAGGAGGAGGAGGAGGAGGAGGACAUGUCUCAGAACGCCAUCGUGAAGUUCGCGUCUUCGCUGGUUCCCGUGAGCGACGAGUACGACGGCGACAAUUUUUUUACGCUCGUCGACGGCGUCAAGACGGCGACGCCGCUGCUGCUGUGCCUCGUCGUGAUCGAGCUGUCGGACGUCGUGUUCGCCGUGGACUCCAUACCCGCGGUGUUUGGCGUGACGCAGGACCCGCUGAUCGUGUAUUCGAGCAACAUAUUCGCGAUUUUGGGGUUACGGAGCCUCUACGCAUUCGUCGCGACGAUGGUGGCGGAGCUGGAGUACCUCCAAACCGCCGUCGCCGCGGUGCUCGGGUUCGUCGGGCUGAAGAUGGUUGCGGAUUUCGGAGGGGUGCACGUGAGCACGACCGCGUCGCUGGCGGUCGUCGUCGGGAUGUUAGGGGCGGGGGUCGCGUUGAGUCUCGCGAAGAAGGGGGACGACGACGAGGCGUAG